AUGCCGUCUACACCAGACAGGACCCAGAGAGACCAGACAGAGAACAAAGAGAGGUCUGAGUUUUGGAGACAUCAGUGUGACACCUGUGGGAAGAGCCUUUCCUCAUCCAGGAACUUCAAGCAGCACAUGAUGAUCCACACUGGAGAGAAGCUCUAUAGCUGUGACCUCUGUGGUAAAACCUUUAAUCAGGCUUCUGCUUUGCCAGUUCACCGCAGGAUCCACACAGGAGACAAGCCCUACAGCUGUGACCUCUGUGGUCAAACCUUUAGCCAGGCUGCCCAUUUAACAGUUCACAGCAGGAUUCACACUGGAGAGAAGCCCUAUUACUGUGAAUGCUGCAAUAAAGUAUUCUCUUCCUCUAGCGUUUUGAAGCAGCACGGCAAAAUCCACACAGGAGAGAAGCCCUACACCUGUGACCUGUGUGGUAAACCUUUUAGCCAGGCUGAGCAUUUAAGAGUUCAUAGCCAGAUCCAUACCAGGGAGAAGCCCUACAGCUGUGACCUCUGUGAUAAAGCCUUCUCUUCCUCUAGUGGACUGAAGAAGCACAGCAGGAUCCACACUGGAGAGAAACCCUACAGCUGUGACCUCUGUGGUAAAACUUUUAGUCAUGCUGGUAAUCUCAGCCUUCACCGCAGGACCCACACUGGGAAGAAGCCCUACACCUGUGAGUGCUGUGAUAAAGCCUUCUCUUCCUCUAGUGGACUGAAGAAGCACAGCAGGAUCCAUAGAGGAGAGAAGCCCUACAGCUGACCACACUGUGACUAUUCAGGUAAAAGAAAUUACCAUCUAAAGAGUCACCUGCGUAUCCACAAUAGAAAACAAACCAAAGCAGUGAUGUCUGGGGCCAAGCUGUCCCAGCAGUAACCACCUGAGAGAACUUCUGUAUGACCCACAGCUGGAAGAACUACUGGCCUGCACCUACUGGGACAGCACAUGCAGUAACACCAGAUCUACAGUCCAACAUGACAGCACAUGCAGUAACACCAGAUCUACAGUCCAACAUGACAGCACAUGCAGUAACACCAGAUCUACAGUCCAACAUGACAGCACAUGCAGUAACACCAGAUCUACAGUCCAACAUGACAGCACAUGCAGUAACACCAGAUCUACAGUCCAACAUGAUAGCACAUGCAGUAACACCAGAUCUACAGACCAACAUGACAGCACAUGCAGUAACACCAGAUAUACAGUCCAACAUGACAGCACAUGCAGUAACACCAGAUCUACAGUCCAACAUGACAGCACAUGCAGUAACACCAGAUAUACAGUCCAACAUGACAGCACAUGCAGUAACACCAGAUCUACAGUCCAACAUGACAGCACAUGCAGAACACCAGAUCUACAGUCCAAAAUGACAGCACAUGCAGUAACACCAGAUCUACAGUUCAACAUGACAGCACAUGCAGUAACACCAGAUCUACAGUUCAACAUGACAGCACACAGGAAAGAUAAUCUACCCCUGUAAUGAUGGAGGGGAAGCUGUGUCAGACUGGGUAGAAUCUUACAUUCUGAUAUGAAGCUUACAUUUGUCAUUUGAAACCCAUCUGGUGAACAUACCGUCUGGUGAACAUGCCAUCUGGUGAACAUACCGUCUGGUGAACAUACCGUCUGGUGAACAUGCCGUCUGGUGAACAUACCGUCUGGUGAACAUGCCAUCUGGUGAACAUGCCGUCUGGUGAACAUACCGUCUGGUGAACAUGCCGUCUGGUGAACAUACCGUCUGGUGAACAUGCCGUCUGGUGAACAUACCGUCUCUAUAUUACGCUCUGGUUGAGCAACGUUCUGCCGCCUCUUUUUACCCAUUUGUCGGGGAAAACGUGGUGAUUAUUGUGUUACUUAUAAGAGGUGUGGAGGGACAUGUUGUUCUUAAUGCACCUUGAAACAGC